AUGGCUCCUCAGGACGCGAAGCUCUGCUUCGAUCUCGGCUUCCGCUACUUCCUUGCCGCCAAGGACAUCCCCGCGCAUGUCGCCUGCCUCUGGCAGUACUUCUCUCUCGCCAAGUGCCGCAAGGGUCUUGAGAGCUGGGUCGUUUCUGUUCCCGCUGCCAAGCAUGCCUCCAAUGCCAAGGGCUCCGACCGCAUCCAGCUGCUGCGCUUCGCGAUCCGCUUCACCCACAAGACAGCCACAUACGCCGACAUCGACGAGGCCCGUGUUAUCUUUAAGAACGCCUUCAACACUGCCGCUCUGUACGUCUGCGGCAUGGGAAAAGCUCCUGCCCGUGAGCGAGGCCUUCUCGAGUACCACAAGCUGCUGCGUUUCGAUGUCACCGUCAGAAAUGAUGAUUCCUGGUCCUGGGGCAACUGGGGAUUGAGCUCCUACUACUACAACGGCACCACCCCCGAUGACGAUUCCGCCAUAUCCGCCAUGGAGCGCUUCAAGCAGAAGUAUCAGGAGGCUGUUCCUUACUCUGUUACCCCCGAGACCCCCACCCGCACCUCCUCCGCCGCCUCGGAGUUGCUUGUUCAGGCCUCUGGAGCCGAUAAGCGUCUGCGAAAGCUCGUUCCGUCGCUCAACAGCAGACAGGAUGUCGAUAUCUUCAACGAUAGGGUCCGAUGGGUCAUUGAGGGCCACGCCAGCAUCCUGGCAUGUGCCACUGAAGCCCACAGCAAUGCCCAGAUGGCGUCCGACUCCGCCGCCGAGGUGACCAAGUUCUCCAACCCCAAGGAGAAGAGUGCCAUCCUCAACAGAAGCAUGUGGGAGAAAUUUGCCAGCCUCUUUGACAGAGACCACCACAACAAGUACACGGAGGCCACGGCGAAGCUCAAUGACCGGGCCGUCUCCCUCCAGGAGGAUGCCAAGGCAAUGAAGGCCCUGGUGACUCAAGUCAAUGCCCAACUUGCGCAGCACGCCUGCGCUUGCAGACUGCUCACCCUCUACGCCAACACCAAGAUUGAGCAUGGCCAACUGCUGUCCAUCUGGGAGCGACCCGACGCGGACAAGAAGUUGCUGGUCAGCCUCUUUGGCGCCGAUAUCAAGCAGAUGGAGGCUCCGACCGGUCGUUUCUCCCAGUUGUGCAAUGAGAUGGAAAGAUUUGAGGUUGGCCAGCGUGCGCUGCGCAAGGGGGAGAAGAAGCUCAUGAAGGGCCUCAAGAAGAUGGAGGGCAAGCUGGAGCGCCUGAACAAGGACUCGGUCAAGGCCCGGAACAAGUUCGCUGCUGGCCAGCUGCGCGCGCAGAAGGGCAAGGUGUCGGCGAAGUUGGAGGAUCUGGAGAGCGACACGGACAGCACCUACUCUUACGACGAGAAGAUGUAG